AUGAAAAGUUUACAUUUUCGGGCGAGCGUACAAUGGGCGCGGAAGUUUGAGACCUCGGCUCGUCACCAGCAAAGCACGGCGCAAGACGCCGCAGCGCGCCUCCUCGACACCUUUGCGGGCAAGACUGUCAGCCGCCGGCAGCUCAUUGACGGCAACCAGCUGCAGAAGCUAUCGCUGACUCUAGGCCGAACAUGCAUCGGGACUCACAACGUCACAGAGCGCCCGCCAGCUGUCGGUACGCCGGUGCCACCGGGACACCAUCUGGUGUACUUUACGCCGUCUGGCGUAGAGGAUGAGCUGGGGCCCGACGGCUCCGACAGAACUUACAACGCGGCGGCGCCGUUUUCGAGGCGAAUGUGGGCGGGCGGCACGAUGCAGUGGUCGGCCGAGAGCGCGUCCAUCCGCGUGGGCGACGAGGUGGAGGAGCGCACCACGCUGCUGAGCGCUACGGCCAAGAAGAGCCGCUCGGCUGGUGAAAUGGUCCUUGUCGAGGUGGUCAAGGAAUUGCAAGGCCCUCGCGGCGUGGCGCUUGUGGACAGGCGAUCCUGGGUAUUCCGGCCAGAAGUCGACCCGAGCAGUGCAGCAGCAGCAGCAGCAGCAGCACCGAAGCCACCGAGGCAGACGAAGCAGGGACCUACAGUAAUUAAAGACGUAACGAGUGCUUCAAGUUUUCCUGCACGAAACUUUUGCUGGUCGCCCGUAGGGUUAUUUCGCUUCUCGGCCUUGACGUUCAACGGCCACAAGAUUCACUACAACGAGGGCUGGACGACCGCCGUCGAAGGCCAUCCCGGGGUUGUCGUGCAUGGGCCGUUGAAUCUCAUCAAUAUACUUGAUUAUUGGAGAGAUGUACAUGGAAAUGGCCAGGCACCAAAGGAGAUUGUAUACCGCGCCAUGUCGCCAUUAUACGCCGGCGACCAAUAUCAAGUGCACACGGCUAAUGUAGAGGCUGAAGCAGAGGGUAACAAGUAUCAGAUAUUGGCAGACAAGGAUGGGGUGGUGUGCAUGAAAGCUGUUGUGCUAUAA